AUGGGGCUGCAGAUGCGCGUGCAGAGGGCAGCAGGGCGCACGGGGCGCACAGGGCAGCAGGGCGCGCGGGGCGCGCAGGACAACAGGGCGCGCGUGGCACGCAGUGCUGCAGGGCGCGCGGGGCGCGCAGGGCAGCAGGGCAGCAGGACGCGCGGGGCACGCAGGACAGCAGGGCGUGCGGGGCGCGCAGGGCUGCAGGGUGCGCGUGGCGCGCAGGGCUGCAGGGCGCGCAGGGCAGCAGGACAGCAGGGCGCGCGUGGCGCGCAAUGCUGCAGGGCGCGCGGGGCGCACAGGGCAGCAGGAAGGGGGUGCAAGGGGCACUCACGAGGGAGUGCAAGGGGCACUCACAAGGGGGUGCAAGGGGCACUCACGAGGGGGUGCGAGGGGCACCCACAAGGAGGUGCGAGGGGCACUCACGAGGGGGUGCAAGGGGCACUCACGAGGGGGUGCGAGGGGCACCCACGAGGGGGUGCGAGGGGCACUCACGAGGGGGUGCAAGGGGCACUCACGAGGGGGUGCGAGGGGCACCCACGAGGGGGUGCGAGGGGCACUCACGAGGGGGUGCAAGAGGCACUCACGAGGGGGUGCGAGGGGCACCCACGAGGGGGUGCAAGGGGCACUCACGAGGGGGUGCAAGGGGCACUCACGAGGGGGUGCGAGGGGCACCUACGAGGGGGUGCGAGGGGCACUCACGAGGGGGUGCAAGGGGCACUCACGAGGGGGUGCAGAGGGCACUCACGAGGGGGUGCGAGGGGCACCUACGAGGGGGUGCGAUGGGCACCCACGACGGGGUGCAAGGGGCACUCACGAGGGGGUGCGAGGGGCACCCACAAGGGGGUGCGAGGGGCACUCACGAGGGGGUGCAAGAGGCACUCACGAGGGGGUGCAAAGGGCACUCACGAGGGGGUGCGAGGGGCACCCACGAGGGGGUGCAAGGGGCACUCACGAGGGGGUGCGAGGGGCACCCACGAGGGGGUGCGAGGGGCACUCACGAGGGGGUGCAAGAGGCACUCACGAGGGGGUGCAAGGGGCACUCAGAUACCCUCCUCCCACUGCUGCACCCGCAGCAGGGGGAUGGAGGAGAAGGUGGGGGGGGGGGGGGCUGGGACGGUCAGGGGGACGGAGGAGAAGGGGGGGGGGGGGGGGCAAGGGGGCGGUGCAGGGGCUGCGUGGGCGUCCGCAGGUCGUCGCACGAAAAACAUCCGCCACCCCCUCACACCCUCUCCCCCACUCCCCCCCAUAGCAGCAGGCGCAGAUCCCCUCCCCACCCACUGCUGCACCCGCAGCAGGGGGAUGGAGGAGAAGGGGGGGGGGGGGCGGGGGGGCUGGUGCUGCAGAUCCCCUCCCCCCCCACUGCUGCACCCGCAGCAGGGGGAUGGAGGAGAAGGGGGGGCGGGGGGGGCUGGUGCUGCAGAUCCCCCCCCCCCCCUUUGCUGCACCCGCAGCAGGGGGAUGGAGGAGAAAGGGGGGGCUGGGGGGGGGGCGGUGUAG